UUGUUUUGGGCAGGAGCGAUACGUCUUCAUCAGCGGUUGCAAAGAAGAGGGACCGGAACUCAGGUGGAUAGAACUGCUGCUUUGGAAGGAUUCAGGUUUCCAUGGCCAUUCCCUAAACAACCAUCGUCGUUCUAUAAUAUGAUGUCGUAUUUCACACUAGGAUCCGUAGCAACAGUGUCAAAGCUGCUCUUCAUAAGAGUGGCUAACGAACUCGUUGUACAUAAUAAAGAGCGCUUCAUGAAUAUCUGGAUGGAUAAGUCACGGCCUUUGAUCACCAUUUCUAAUCACAGAAGUAACAUGGACGAUCCCCUCAUGUGGAGUAAGUUGAUAUUGAUGAACUCCAUUUUUGUCGAUAUUGUUUUGAUUGUAUCUAUUGAACUCUAUCAACUCAAAUCGAGGUUUUAUAACUACACGGGAAAUGUGCAGAAAUAUUCAACGUCACCGUUACACACUUGGCUGCACAUAACAUAUGCUCACAGCCUCUCAUACUAG